GUUAACUGUGAGUUUAAAUCCAAAGUAUGAAAUGUAAGGUCUCUGAUAAAAUAUCUGUCUGGUUACAUUUUCUUCUCUUUACCUAUAUUUUGUGGAUAAUAGUUAUGUUGUACUCAGCUGGAAAAUUUUAUAAAACCAGACAUAGAAUCGAUAUUGCUCAAUAUAAAAACCCAUGAAUUAUGCGUUUUUCAGUGGCUAUUUUCUUCAUCAUACAUAUUUGUUGAAAAAGCAAUACUUGCAAUAUGACAUAUAGUGUUCACUCAUUUCGGUAACAUCUCAUAUCGAUUAAGUACAAUAUUUUUGGAAACAUGAUUAUCAGAUAUUUCAUUCUUUACCACUAGUAUUAAUCGAUGGAUUAUAGACAUGUGGCAUGUACUGGACUGUCUGAUAUCACAAAAGUUACCGAAAAACAGUUCCCAGUCCAAGUCUAACUUCUUGAUCUUUUAUGCAACGAAAUGUUUCUAAAAGCUAUUUUGAAAAUUUUCCUAUGGAUUUCAUCAGUCAAUACCCAGGGUCAUUUAUAGAGAUUAUAAAAGCAGAAUGUUGCCGUGCUGUGUGAUGCAUAAAUAUUAUUGAUCAGAUUUUAUCAUUCAGCGUCUAGCAAACGAUGUCUGUUUUUGACCGUUUUCGAGAUAUUGAACCUGAUAUCAUCCGCAAUUGCAUAGUAUCGAUGAUUGCAGGAGUUUUGUUUGCAUUAGGCUGGUGGAUAGCAAUUGACGCAGCCGUGCUUUUUGCUGAAAACUUACCCAAUGCGUAUCAUACAGCAGGCGUAUUCAGCACUAUUGCUUUUAUAUUAAUUAACAGUGUUCCUAAUGGAGUGUUGAGAGAUGAAUUUUCAGACAGUCGUAUCGGUCGUCGUGGAGCACUUAUAUGCCUAUUUAUUGCUUUCUCAAUGGCUUUCAGCAGUUCGAUAGCCGCAUGUUGGAUACUAUUUGGAGCUUAUGUCUCUGAAGGUAAAACACCAGUAUGGCCAGGUGUAGCUAUACUUCUACAAAAUUUACUGAUUUGUACAUCGUCUCUUUUGUUCAAAUUUGGCAGAAAAGAUCUUACUGAUUUCUAAUCUUCUUACUUUGAGAAUAAUAUUCUCACUCACUGACUCAUUUUUCACGGUAUAAAAUGAACAAUUAUUCUGGUGAAAAAGCAUUUCAUUUCUUC